GAAAUGCAGCAGUGAUAUGAUCUGGAAGACACAGAACUCAAACGCCUGACUACAAGUUGAAUAGCAGGCAUUGACUUGCUGACCAGUGCUUCCAUGCUCGUGCUGGGGGGGCUGGUUUUGUGUCUGCAAAGGUAUCAGAGCUCGGUGCUAUGACAAUGGCUUGCAAAUGCUUUAACGCCAUGUUUUAUUGCUCUUAGGAGCUCUUAUUUACUGUAGGUUUGGGAAUACGGCUAAGACUUUAAUUUGUGAUGUCCACACUAAGGUUUAAGCGUUUCCUUGGAUAAUGCAGAAGGACGGUUUUAAAUAAGUAGGAUAAACUGCAUUCUUUGGCAGGGGGAGGGCAGAGGGGAAGGGUGGAGGUGUUUUUUUCUUCCCCUUUAACUAGUUCUGUAACAGAGUCAAUAUUUUAAGAUCUGUGGCAAGAAUGUGCCUUUGUGAUCACUAACCUUUCUGUAAUGUUUUUAAAAAUGAGCAAUACUGUAAUUCUGUACAAAGCGUCUGGGUUUUACAUGUUAGCAGCUCGUGCUCGAGAUCAGCACCGAGUUUGGCAGUUCUGCCUUUAAGUUUUUGGAGUGAUGAGUAUGAAAAGAAAAUAACUUUAGAAACGUGGUUAUUACAGUGAUUAUUGAUUGGCUUGGCCCACAGCCAGGCAACUCUUCUGCAUGCACCAGAGUUGCUGAUUUAAAUUCUAUAAGUUCCUUUAAAAUAUGUGGGUUUCUCGAAUCGUUAAACGAUAUCUAGAGCUAUUUAAGAACAGUAGAUCAGCUUUUAGUUAAGGUUGUUCAAUUAUGUCUUCAUCGCUUUGGAGUUGGUUGAAUGACUUGACAUGAGAUUAAGCACAACAAAAGAAAAGGCAGGGGAACAACAGCUGCCUUCCAGUACCCGAGCAGCAGCGUUCUCAGCAGCUCAGCGUUUUACCUUCUAGUAUUAGGUGGUGUCAGGUUUAAAUGUUAAUAUUUAUAUGCGUAUUUACAAGAACCUCGGGCGUUCUGAUAACACAUCAGGCACCCGAGUGCUGGCUAUUCGUCUUUGGGGGUUGUUUGUCUCUUGCCUUUUUAGGAAAACUAUCUUAAGAUCUGAUACUGAGGGGUGAAUUGAUCUCAUUAACUUUUCAGACAAAAGUAGCGAACAGUCACCACUAGUUUGUACUUGUUUAGUUACUGUGUGGUAAGAACUUUAAGGUGUGUCCUUAAUGGCAGUUGACGAUUCUUGCUGCGAAGCCUUGUUUAUUUUAGGUAGAUGUUUUAUACAGAAUUUCCAGUGGGACAAAUUACUCCACUGCCUGCACUCACCCUUUCUGAAGGCUGGCUGUGAGCAGAAGAGAAUAAUUCUACCGUGCUGCAAUCAGUGCUGGAGUUGUUUGUGGCACUGAACUUGCCCUCGAGUACAUUUUGCCCAAUGCAACUAUUUUAACUUUUUGUACAGAAAAACUAAGUGCAACUGACUGUUUCUGCAGACUUGAAAAAUUAGAAGAAAUAGUUCAAGAAACCUCAUUUGUGUCACUGAGAGAACCAGUGGAUGCACUUUCAGUGAUGUGUUAACGCAGGUAAAAAUGGAAAAUAAAUAAUCUUUUGCUCCUGGAAAAAGAUCUUUUUCUUGGCAGAGGACUUUGAGCUUAGCAGACUUGCAAGCACAUGUUGGAGAACUUUACAAGUGUCCUUAUCGUGAUCAGUGAACAUCCCCCAAAGAACUGAAACCUUGCAUUAAAACACGUAAUAGGGAACAGAACGUAGGAAACAUGCCAACUCAGCCUCUCUUGGCAUACAUGGAUGGACUGGAUGGAAUAGCCAGUACUGUUGGUGCACAGAUGGAGAAUAACGAUGCCUCAAUGACAAUAAAAGGAACAAAUACUAUUUCUUACAAAAGCUUGCAAGAAAAAUUUCUCAUGCAAGCUGAAGGAUGUAUGCCUCUGGACUGCAUGUUCUGUGAUGAGACCUUCAAGCAUCCUGAAGAACUUGGAAAGCAUGUUUUAACUCAGCAUAGGCCUACUCUUUGUGAACCAGCUGUCCUGCGUGUUGAAGCAGAGUAUCUUAGUCAUCUAGAUAAAUGUCAAGUAAGAACCAAUUUGCCUUCUCCAAACAAUGAAAAGGACAGUGAAGAACUUAGUUGUGAGGUUUGUGGACAAACGUUUGAUGAGGCUUUUGAUGUUGAAGCACAUAUGAAAAAACAUAAAGAUUCUUUCACAUAUUGGUGUAAUGUAUGUGGAAGAAGAUUUAAAGAGCCAUGGUUCCUCAAAAAUCACAUGAGAACACAUACUGGAAAGCCUGGUUCUAGAAACAAGCUUCAACAAGGUUCUGAAAGCCCCAUCACAAUAAAUGAGGUGGUGCAGGAACACAUAACUGAAAAUGUAACAUCACCUUACAAAAUUUGUAUGGUUUGUGGCUUCCUAUUUCUCAAUAAAGAGACUCUACUUGAGCACAGUAAAGUGCACACCAAAGAAUCAGUACCCAAUGGCGAAAGCCCCCAGGUGACUGAUGAUCCCAAUCUAGAAGAAACAUCUCAAAGAGAAGAGUUUUUGCGAUUUUUGAACUUAAGACCAAAAGUGGUUCCAGAAAAUGACAAAUCACAAAAACCUGUGAAAUGGAUUGCUGAGCUGGAUCCAUUCAACACAUAUCAAGCAUGGCAGCUGGCUACCAAAGGUAAAGUUGCAGUUGGCCAUGGCCAAACUAAAGAAUCAGGACAAGAAGGAAGUACAGACAAUGAUGAUUCAUCUUCUGAUAAAGAAGAACUUGGUGAAAUUUGGAACGCAAAUAAAGGUAGCCAGACUGAAACUACAGGGAAGUCAAAAGUAAAUAAAAACAGCAGUUAUACAGGGAAUAGUAACUUAUACCGACACAAAUUGAAACAUCCCAACAGUGAAGUGCCUUCUAUGGAGAUGGAUUCUAAACUGUCCCAGAACAAAGAGAAACCAACACACUGUUCAGAGUGUGGCAAAGCCUUCAGAACAUACCACCAGCUAGUCCUUCAUUCUAGAGUGCAUAAGAGAGACAGGAGGACGGAUGGGGAGACUUCAGCUGCUUCAAGGUCGUGCUGUACUGAUAUAAUUGCAAGCCUAGAUGAAAAUGGAACUGUAGAGCGAGUGGAAGGAGGAUCUGAAGAUGGGUCUGAAGAUGGGCUUCCCGAAACACUGAAUUUAGAUAAAAAUGAAGAUGUUUUGGAAAGAGCAAAAGUUAAAAGUCUUGGAGCCUCCAGAGAAUGCAGCUAUUGUGGAAAGUAUUUUCGCUCAAAUUAUUACCUCAAUAUUCAUCUCAGAACUCAUACAGGUGAAAAACCGUACAAAUGUGAAUUCUGUGAGUAUGCAGCAGCACAGAAAACUUCAUUGAGGUAUCAUUUAGAGAGGCAUCACAAGGACAAGCAAGCUGAUAGUGCAGCUGAUGUGAAAGGUGACAGCAAAGCUUCAUUGCAGAGUCAGGAGACGGAUCUCUUUCUGGUUGCUGAUGGUGCUCAAGAAACCAAAAAUUUGAAGAGGCUUUUUGAUGGUGCCAAAGAUGCUGAGGGCUGCCCACCCACAAAGCAGCAAAAGGAAAUCCUGUCCUUGAAUAAUGCAACAGGCAGCACAGUCCUUGUAAGAAUGAAAAAUGAUUCUAGAGAAUCGAUCAAACGUUCAGUUUGUAACAAUUUGAAUCAAAUGCAUGAGAAUGUGUCUGCUCCUUACUUGGAAAAACUAAAGACUGAGAAGGAAACAAAGGAAGUUCAGCCCAGUGCUUCGCAUAAAAGAGAGAGAGAGGCUUCUGUGGAAUCAGAGGGAGAUGACGUCCAGUAUGUUUGUGCUUUUAAGGAUGGAAAAAAUACCACUGAUGUACGAGAGUGCUAUGAGAACUCCAAACACAAACAUAUGGUGGAUGCUCAAGAAAUGCCCUUGAACUUAUCUGUUGGGACUUCACAAGAAUGUUCAGUGGUUUCAACUACUAGAGGCCUAGUACCCAGCACCUGCCCAUUUUGUACUUACAGAACAUUCUACCCAGAAGUCCUAAUGAUGCACCAGAGACUGAUGCACAAAUACAACCCUGACACUGUUAACAAAAAUGGCUAUAGAAACAAGGCUCUAGCUAAAGCCAGACGCACUGGAUGCCCUCCUGCUCUGCUUGGUAAAGAUGUGCUUCCUCUGUCUUUUAAUCCUAAUAAAAGUAAGGCCUCCCCAUCUAUUCCACAAAAACUGUUGCAAACGGGGAAAUCCAAGCAGUGUCACCCUUCCCAGAACAAAGUCCCUCUUUUUGCAAUGGCUGAUUCAAGCAGCACAGCCCCAAGUAACCUCAAGUUUCACAAACAGCAAAGUAAUAUUGGAGCUCAGGCAAAUAAUUAUAGACAACCUCAGCAGGAAAUGCACUCCAGUUCCAGUGUCUCUCCAGUACUGGACAGAGUAAAAAGAGCUGAAUCUAAAAUGAAAGCUCUGAAUGUCACAAUGUCUCAAUCUGGUGUAGUAAGCAGCAGUAUGAAUGGGGCUCUUGACUCUCACCUAAACGAAUCUGCCUGGUCUUGUCAUCGAGGAAGAGACUAUCUUUGUAGUAAAUCUGUGGGCAAUGCAAAUCUAGAAUAUGGUGAAACAUCAUCUAAAAGAAUGAAACAUGGUGUGGUAGUUAUUGAACAAAGUGACUGUGCAGUGGCUAAUUACAGAAGAUAUGAAACAAGCAGAUUUCGUGUUGCAAACAGAUAUGCAAAUCUGCUACCUCAGGAAUGUUCUCGCACCAAACCUGCAUCCUCUGUUUUGCCAACCAAACAAGGGCUUCUGAAUUCGGAUGAUGCUGAUCCUCCUAAAGUACUGACUGUUCUCAAACCUUAUGAGCCAUAUAGCUCUGGAUCACUUUACAGUUCUUGUGGAUCUAGCAAUGGCCAAGUCACCAGCUCUGCUGUAGAAGGAAAAAGAUCAGUGUCAUACCAACACUUAUCUAGCAGUGUGCUGCAAAAGCGGAGUUAUGAGGGUUUCCCUGGCAAUGCACGCUUUCGACCAAGUGACAAGAAGACCUGAAAGUUUACUUCAAGAAACGGUCUUAAGGAUUCAAGUGCAUGUUCUAUGGAGUUAUACCUGCAGUUCAUCCCUUGAGGAAAAUGGAUGGUGAAAGCUACUGAACUAAGCUGUGAUUGUACUGUAUAUAAAAACACUACAGUUCUAUAAUAUUGGUUCUGUUAACAUUUAAUACCAAAUAGCCAUAAAAGGUAGUCUAAACAAUUGGGUUAUGAAGGUGUGUGGGGAAUGUAUGUCUUGACAUUGACUUGGAGUAUUUUUCAUUAGAACUAAUUGACCAAAUAUUAGGUAGGAAUUAUAUUUUUACAUACUUGAGCGCUGCUGAAAAGAGUUUCUUUGAAAGAAUAUAUAGUCCUUGCACCUCAGGUAAACUGUAAAUACAGAAGUUGAAAUCCUGUUGGUUUAAUGCUCCUUUUUCAUAAAGGUGAAAGUUUCUCAUAUGUUGUUUUUCCUGUUUAACUAUGUUAGUUUCUCAAAACAACUUCCAAAUAAACUGUCUGAAACUGUCCAGUUUAUAAAUGUUGUGAACAUCAAAGCAGUGGUGCUGACAUUAUGCUGAUCUGCCUUGCAUGUGUUAAGAUCAUAAUGUGUACUUCCAGAAGAGCAGGGAUCUGUUCUUCUGGAGUUGAUUCCAGCUUUUUUCCAAAAGCAUGGAUGAGGCGAUACUUGACAUUUGAGUCUGUCAGUGUGGUGUUCCUGAAAUACGGUUGGAUUCUUGGUUUGGCAUUGGUUGCUGUUGUUCAGAGAAGUUUCUUAAAUGAACCUCUAUAGUCAAAAGUACAUAGGACUUGCAUGAGACACGAUACUAAUCUAAAUGUUUCAAAUGUUUAGUUUUCUACUAAACCACAUUUAGAGGAAACUGCUUUGCACCUUUGUCCAAACUGUAAAGUCACAAACAGGCUUGCAAUAUGAAUACAGGAUCCACAGACUUCAAAAAGGGAUGUGGCUAUGGUGUAGCCUGCUUGACUCUGCUUGGAAGCUUCUUAAUGUUGGUUUUUAGCAUCUGCUGGGUGUUUAAACAGAGUAAGGAAUAAACUGUUAAUGGGAGAAUAAUAUCUCCUUUUAUUUUUCUGUGAAGACAAGAGUUUUUUCUAAUGCACAUGCAGUUUAUUUUUUGUAAAGGGAAGAUGGCCAGUUACCAGCCAGUAAAGCAGAACUGUUGUGUAUUUUGACCUUCAUUCCUAGUUGCUUCUCAUAAAGCCUGUUGUAAAGAGUUGAUUUCUUCUGUAUCUGGCUUUGACUUCCAUAUAUUUUACUAAAACAAAAAAAAAAGAAAAAAUUUGCACUGCUUGUUUUGCUCUCUUCCCUCAAAUAGCAAAAUGUAAAAUAGCAAAACCUAGAAACUCUUGUUUUUUCAUUAUGCAACUUGAGAUGUUCCAGUUGUAUGUCUUAGUUCCUGAAUGUGGGACCUAAUUUUAAUGUCUCUGUAAACUGGCAAUGUAAUGAAGUGCUGUGUAUCAGGAAAUUGUACACUAUUUACCUUUCUUCUGUUCAUAAGCUGAGCCAUAUGUACAUAAUCUAGACUUGUUUUCCUAGUUUUGCACUUUUAUAGCCUAUUUUUUGAAGACUGAUUCACUUGGAAAAUGGUUAAUCUAUUUUUUUGCGUGAUCUUUCCAAUGAGUCUUAUAGAAUGCAUGCUGUAACUAUCAUCUAUGUACCUUACCAAGGUUCUGUGGUUAAAACAUGUACAGGGCUGUAUUAAGAUGUCUAAGUAAAAAGACCUAAGAUGUUUUUAAUCUCUCUUCAUGCUGGUACAGUUUCCUUCAAGAUUUUUUUUGGUAGAGAUCUUGAGGGUUAAGUAGAAAAAUGACCAUGAAGACUAUUUCAUGGCAGAUAGCCCUGUACUUCAGAAUACACUUUGCCCAUCAGUAUUAACUAUUGGGAUACUACUGGUUUUGUAUGAUUCUUUGGAGGUAACAGUGCAUAUAUAGAGGUACAAAUUGUUGAUUUUUCUUUCUAUGUAUUUAUUUCAUUCCAUUUUGUUUUAAUUGUUGAAACCGGAAGUUGUCAAGCAGUAGGAACACAUUACUCAUUUAAUUUAUAAUGUAUUUCACUUUAGUUGAGUAUAUUAUUACAUGUGGAUGUAAAUAUAGACUUGGUGUUUUGCAAAA